UCAGCUUGACUAGAUCGCUCGUCCGCGCAAUUACGCAAAAUAAGUUUUCUGUUUUCCUUGUGCAGCACCUGCGCGCGCGCGUUUGGAGCAGCAUCUCAGAGCAUCACAAAGUGGACGUGGCAUUUCCAGGGGGGGUGUGUGGAGGGGUCCUUACUUAUUUGCUGCAGCUGCAGAGUGCGCAACAAGAGCUGCGCCAAACUUGGAGCAGGUUGAGUCCAGAGGCGGUUCCUGCGCUCCGGUGCGUCCCGGACGCUGCGGGAGUGACUCGAAACCCGCAGAGAUGAAGGAAAAAUCCAAGAACGCGGCGAAGACGAGGCGGGAGAAGGAGAACGGAGAGUUCUACGAGCUGGCCAAGCUGCUGCCGCUGCCGGCGGCCAUCACCUCCCAGCUGGACAAGGCCUCCAUCAUCCGGCUGACCAGCAGCUACCUGAAGAUGAGGGCGAUCUUCCCCGAAGGUCUGGGUGAUGGUUGGGGGGAGUCAUCACGGUCCUGCUCUCUGGACAACAUGGCAAAAGACCUGGGCGCCCACCUUCUACAGACUCUGGACGGUUUUGUUUUUGUCGUUGCUUCUGACGGAAAAAUCAUUUACAUCUCCGAGACGGCGUCGGUCCACCUCGGCCUGUCCCAGGUGGAGCUGACAGGAAACAGCAUAUUUGAGUACGUUCAUCCUUCGGACCACGACGAGAUGACAACCGUUCUGUGUCUCGGGAAACCACCGCGCCAUCAUUUCUCCCACGAGUUUGAAAUGGAGCGCUCCUUCUUCCUGAGGAUGAAGUGUGUUCUUGCAAAGCGGAAUGCAGGACUGACGUGUGGAGGGUAUAAGGUCAUCCACUGCAGCGGUUACCUGAAGCUGCGGCAGUACGUGAUGGACAUGGCGCUGUACGAGUCCUGCUAUCAGACUGUGGGUCUGGUGGCCGUCGGUCACUCCCUGCCGCCCAGCGGAAUCACCGAGAUCAAACUCCACAGCAACAUGUUCAUGUUCCGGGCCAGCCUGGACUUGAAGCUCAUCUUUUUGGACAUGAAGGUGGCUGAGCUGACGGGAUACGAGCCUCAGGACCUGAUAGAGAAGACUCUGUACCACCAUGUCCACACCUGUGAUGUUUUUCAUCUACGCUACGCUCACCAUUUACUACUGGUGAAAGGCCAGGUCACCACCAAAUAUUACCGCUUGUUGUCGAAGCACGGCGGCUGGGUGUGGGUGCAAAGCUACGCCACCAUCGUCCACAACAGCCGCUCCUCCAGGCCUCACUGCAUCGUCAGCGUGAACUACGUCCUCACGGAUGUGGAGUGUAAGGAGCUGCAGCUGUCUCGAGACCAGAUCCGAACCUGCAAGUACAUGUACCAGACUUUCUCUCUGGAGCACCAAAGACAAGCCAGAGCCAAAGCAGUCAAGAUGAAGAGCAGAAUCAGGGCAGCUCCAUAUCCAGAGGUACACUGGAAGGAGAAAUCUCCGUGUUUGAUGACAUCUGGAGUGAAGAGGAGCUCUAACCUGCCCCCUAAAGCAGCUCAGAUCUCCUACAGCCCAGCGUACCCCCUGAACCUGCAGUACCCCUACAACCACCAGCGUCUGGAUCAGCACAGCCAGAUCACAUACUCAACCGCCUCCUCUGAAUUCUCCCAGAAGAUCUUCAGCUCUCUGCACGAAUCUCUUGGCUGGAACUUCAACAGCUACACACACAAAGGUACACCUUGGAUUGAACAGUUUUUGAAGGUGCUCCUUCUUCAAACCACUUGUUUUUUUUUUCCAGGUCUAGAAUUGGCAGCUGAGCAAAGAUACCCCUUAGACUGCCCCGGUGGCAGAAGUCAUCCCACCACCACCAGCAGCCUGAAGCAAGAACCCUGUGAAGCUUUCAAACCUCCCAGUAAGGACCCUGAUGGUUGCUAUCCUCAUCGAUCUCCUUCCAUCAAGGACAGGGAACGUCUAAACCAGCAGAUCGGACAUAAAACAGGAUUCGAUCCAGAACUCGGCGGUGAUCGGACCUGCAGAGGUUCGCCACAGGACGGCGGUAGGCGUCUGUUGAAUGGCGUGGACCAUUCUCAGGCCGCACAGAUAGAGCAGAGAAGAAGACUCUGCAUGACCGAGAUCCCCAGAAGCCACCAGGCUGUGAGAUAUCCACCACUGACGAACAACCCACAUCAGUUUGGAGCUGUUGCUAAGCAACAAGAGGAGGAAGACGGACAGACUUUGACUCACGCUGGGGACACGGGAGGACCCCGAGCUCAGAGCACGUCCCUGAACUUCCAGCAAACUUUGGGCAAACAGCGGUCGGUGAAAGCGAACGCUUUCAACAUCUGUUCAGCAGACGGCCCCGGUUACCAUGGCAAAGACACCACUUCUUACCGUUGCCAUAGCGCCAGGACCCGCUCGUCCCUCGAGGUCCACAGAGAGACUCCACACUACAGUGGCACUUCUGUCAUCAUCACAAACGAGAGGUGACCGCCGACGGCCCGUUCACUAAUUAUUUUUAUUUAUGAUUCCUUUUUCACUUCAGUUGUUUUUUCUUUAUAUAGAUUUCAAGCUAAAACCAAACUUUUGGAACCUAUUCUCAAAAUUCAGAACGUCAUUUUAUCCAAAAAGAUUUUGCUUUAAAUAUUUUGUAAUUUUUAAUAAUCUCAUCAGCAUCUGAGAUACGUGCUGCAUCAAAAAAACAGAUUUGUUCAUGUAAAUAUAUGUUGCACAUGAACGCUCCAACAAAAACAUUUAAGAUAGAUCAUAUUAACACCACAAAGCCGUCAUGGAGCAUGAAUUUAUAUUUGAAUCCUCAAGCAUCUGUAGUUUUUGGUAAAAACCCACAUCUGCUGAUGAGGUCUCACUCUGAUUUAUUUUCUGUAGCUUAAAGGCAGAGAUUCUUCCAAAUCAAAGAAAGAUUAUUUUAAAACAGACGGGAGGUGUGAGGACACUUUGGAAUGGAAUUAAAGAAGAAAUGUAUUAAUUGUGAACAUACUUAUGGGGUUAAAGUAUACAUUUGUUCACUUUUCUAACAGCUUUUUUUCCUGAUGGCUUCAAAAUGUUUUCAAUAAAGAAUUUUAGCUUGUUAAGCACCAAUAAUUAUAAACAAAAAUCCAUUUUGACAAAGAAUUAAAUGACAAAUGUUGCCAAAAAUGAAGCAGGGCUGCUUGGGUUUAGUCUUUAUUUAUUGCCUCUGUACGUUGGAUGAGCUUUUUUGUCUUCAUGUCAAAAAGGUGUUUUUUAAUGAAAUAAAACUCCAUAAUAUCCAAACUGGUUUUCGUUUUUUUUAUUGAUUUACCUAAUAAUUAUUCACAAAAUUCAAGUGUCAAAUAUUCUGAUUUAGUUUGAAC